AUGCCAAGGAAUGGCGCGUUAUAGGGUCGAUGGCCAGCCCCCGCAGGGUCGGUGCGUGACCGCGGCGUGGGCCAGCCAAGUCCCGUGGGGCAGACACCGCCGACCACGCGGCGGGUUCCCCGCCCGCGCACCUGUCCUGGGCGUGGCUUCGCGGCCCCGCCCCGCCGCGCUCCGCGCUGGUUGGCCGAGGAGGGGCGCUAUGCUAAUGAACCUGACCCUUCUCGCACCUGCCGGCUGCCCUGCCCGCCGGCACAGCGCGGACCCUACAACCCGUAUCCCGCUGCAGGCUGGAGAUCCUGCCGCCUCUAGGGAGGAGACCAUGCCGCGCUCCUUCCUGGUGAAAACGCACUCCAGUCACAGGGUCCCCAACUACGGGCAACUGGAGAAACAGAGAGAAGCUAAUGGCUCCGGCUCUGCCUGUGAGGAGCCGGUAGGAUCCUGCCACCUGCCAGAUGAGGAGGCCCCUUCCACUCCUAGUGACCCUCUGCAGCCCUGGGACAGCACAUCUGCCGUUGCCUGCAUCUCUCUGCCUCUUUUGUCACAUCAUGGGGAAGCACUGGGAGCCUCUGGGCCAAAACCCCAGGAAACCGGCUGGGUGGGCCCUCGGGCUGGCCAGGCCCCCAGUGUUCCCCUCAAAGACAGUUUCAAUCUGCCCUCAUUGUUGGUGCUGCCCACACGAUGGCCCCCAAUCCUGGGCCCAGAUGGAGCACUAGAUAAACAACUAAGGGCUGAGGGAACAUCUCGAGUCCCAGGUAGUUUUGAAUGCCUCCACUGCCACAGGCCCUAUCAUACACUGGCCGGCCUGGCCAGGCACCAGCAGCUACACUGCCACCUGUCGGCUGGGCCCGCCUUCACCUGCAGGUACUGUGACAAGGAGUAUGCCAGCCUGGGUGCCCUCAAGAUGCACAUCCGCACCCACACGCUGCCCUGCAUCUGCAAGGUAUGCGGCAAGGCCUUCUCCAGGCCCUGGCUGCUCCAGGGCCACAUCCGCACGCAUACAGGUGAGAAGCCCUAUACUUGUCCUCACUGCAGCAGGGCCUUUGCUGACCGCUCCAACCUGCGGGCUCAUCUGCAGACUCAUGCUGGUACCAAGAAGUACCGCUGUACUGUCUGCUCCAAGGCUUUCUCCCGAGUGUCUCUCUUGGCACGCCAUGAGGAAGCUGGCUGCUGUCCUGGCCCUUAGAGGCACAGCAGGUUGGUGGGACCAAGACUGACUAUAUUCUCAGUGGCUCUAUGUCAUCCAGGACAAUCAGAGGAGGCAGGGCCCAGCCCACUGUUGCCUGUGUCCAGCCAGAACCAAGAAGCCCAGUGGAGCCUUUAGGCAUCAAUCCCCAAGGCCUACAUUCAGAGUAGAUGUAUCACCACAAGACUCACCAAGACAAGAACCAACAGUUUCAUGUUCAGCUUGGCCUGUCUGCUGGACCUAUUCCAAGAGGGAGAGACUAUUGGGAAGUGGCUAACACUGGACAAACCCCACUGUGACACCAAUGAGCCUGGCCACCUGGGUCCCUUUGUGUGCAACUUAAAAUGAUCAUUUUUACUUGAGGAGAGCACAAUGUCUAUAUAACCUUGGGAAGCACAGCUACCUCUCAGCCAGCCUCACUUGCCUUUGCCCUUGGGUUGGAGACACAUUUUUCUCUUGCCCCUUACGUGCACAUGCAUUUGCACACAUCUCCCACUGAGAUGAGGCAGGGCCAGUGGGGACUGGGCUGAUGCCAGGUCCUGCCUCAUCUCCAUUGUCCUGCUUGGAGCUGGCCUCAGUGACUGCUUAAUGUCUCAGAGAGCAGCCGCGAGGUAAUGGAUGAAGAGCCUCCACACUCAGGCCUCCUGUCUUGAGCCUUGAAGUCUUGAGUCUUUACCAAUCCACUUGGAUCUACGGAAGAGGCAGAAUUCUCCAGGGGCAAUGGGAUUCCAGAGAACCUGGGCCUUUCCGAGCACAGAGCAGGCAGGAGACUGAGGGCAUCUUGCGGGAGCAUUUCAGAGCCCUGCGAGCCUGGGGCCUUUACUGGAAGAAAUGGAACCUGGAGAGAAGCUGCAUGAAGUGGCUUGGCCUGGAAAGUAAAGAUGAGACUACAAUUAAUACCAGGGUGA